GCUGAAGGCGCGGGCGUUGCGAUAACCGAUUGGUUGUCGUACUACCGUUGGGCUCGGCUGCCGCUGGAGUCCCCUGCGGCGCUGCUGCUUCAUUUUCCCUUGACGCUGUACGGCAUCUUGCGACUCGUCCUGGACGAGCUGUACGAUAACAGUGGCGGUGGCAGUAGCGCUUGCCGUAUGCCGACACGUGUACGCGCGCCUUCACAGCAUCUUGGGCAACAGGAGACGCGACAAGAACUAUGUCAAGUGUUGCCCCUGGUACGUGGGAGGAAUUUACAGGGGCUCGGGCAAUCACAAGACAAGGUCGUCGACAUCGACAACGUCGUUGUUGCCAGCACCAAUGGCGUACGCAGCAGCAACGAGGGCCUGGCCGGUAGUCAUGAGGGCGACCCAGACCCCGGCAGUACAAAUAGCGGCCACGGCGGUUGUGCUGCCACUGACUUGUCUUCCAACGCGGUGUUGGCGAGGAACACUGGGGAGGGGGAUACUGGAGACGCUGCUGCUGCUGCUGCUGCUGCACCUGGCUUCGACGGCGUCAGAGAGCAACCCGCUGUGAAGCGACGGCGAGUGGGGGCGGGGCGUCCUGCCUGCCCCACAUCGGGGUGGCUGGGGGUAGCAGCAGUGUCGUCACCUCUACCACCCCAGCCGGCACCUCCCGCGCAGCAGCAGCAGUGGCCACCAUGCCAGACGGAUGGCGGCUCAGAGGCGGGGGAGGAGGACGGCGGUCGAGGUUUUGCGACCCAUGGGUCAGACGGCUGUGGAGGGAGGAGGGGGAGGAGGAGUGGCUGGAGGCGGGUGGAGGUGCUGUAUCUGGGUCCCCAGAUUGAGCUCGACCAGCUGGACAUCCUGGCCUGCAGCCUGCUGCCGCUGCUGCCCGGCGCCUGCAGCCUGCUGCUGCACCUGGUGGGCCCUGAUGUGCCCGCCAGCUUGCAUGGUACGACAGCGCUGUACGGCGGCGAUGGAGGUGUGGGAAGCGGCGGUUGUGGAGGCUGGAUGGGGG